GAUAACCGGCGCACAGCUGAUUGCUUGGUUUAUCACGCUUGCGGACUUCGAGGUGCUUUUUUUGAUUCAGUUAUUUACAAAGUUUGCACAAACAUAAAAACACCAGCGGAAUUGCGUGUCGCACAAAUGUGUGAGCACAGCGAUAGCAAACAGUAGAACGCUUGUUGCAGGUAAAUCACAAUCCACAUCGCUGGCAUGGACGAGCUGGACAACAGGACGGCGCAGCAGCCCACAGCGGAUGCAGUUGCAGCGGCGGCUCCAAUUGCACCUGUCACUGGUUCACAGAGCGACUCCUCCGAGGAGGAGGAGUAUUUGGACAACAGCAUUGAGCUGCGCGGUUAUUUGAGCAAGUGGACCAAUUAUAUAUACGGCUGGCAGCCACGCUAUAUUGUGCUCAAGGAUGGCACGCUCUCCUACUACAAAUCCGAAUCAGAGUCCGAUUUUGGCUGUCGCGGCGCCAUUAGCUUGUCCAAGGCGACCAUUAAGGCACACGAAUCGGACGAGCUGCGCUUCGAUGUGGUUGUCAAUAAUCUGAACAACUGGUGCCUGCGCGCCGAGACCAGUGAGGAUCGCAUGCAUUGGGUGGAGGUGCUGCAGCUGUAUAAGGAGGGCACCGGCAGCACGGACACCACGUCGCUGCGUCGCCAUGGCAGCAGCAUGUCCCUGCAGUCGAACACCAUAUCGCUGGCCAGCGGGGGCAGCCUGAAGAAAACCCAACGCAACUUGCGCGAGAAGGUUGGCGAACUGGAGACCUUCAAGGAUAUACUCUUUGUGCAGAUUGAGACGCUGCAACGCUACUUUGACGCCUGCUCCGAGCUGAACAAGGCCAAUGCACAGCCGCUCGACCUGGGCGAUGGCCUAAAGCCCAUCGAUUUCAAGGGCGAGUCCAUCACAUUUCGUGCCACAACAACUGGAGUGCUGAGCACAUUGCAGCAUUGCCUGGAGAUUAUAGGCGAGAGUGAUGAAUCAUGGAAACGCAAGCUGGAGCGCGAAAUAGAUAAGCGACGUCGCGCGGACGACCAAAAUAGAAAGCUGAAGGAGGAAAUCGAGAAGCUAAAACGUUUAUCAUAUCCCGGCCCAGAUUUUGAGGAGGGUCCACAUUCCACAUUGCCCGAGGAUGAGUUCUUUGAUGCCGUCGAGACGGGCCUGGAAAAAAUCGAAGAGGACAUGCAGAUGCGCUUCAAACUGAGACUCCAAUCGCAAAUCUCACAGACGCUGGUCAAUGUGCCGCACGAGGCCGUGGCCGAGGGCGAGGAGGCGCGCGAGGAGUUCGGCACCGGGGCCGAGGCCAAAUCCCAUCCACUCUGGCCGGAGAUUGAUCGCGUGUGCAAGGAGCAGCUGCACUAUGCGCGCGAGGGCGUCGGCCAGGACGGCAAUGGCUGGCAAAUCUUUGCCGACGAGGGCGAAAUCAAAAUGUACAAGCGCGAGGAGGAAGUCAACGGCAUGGUCAUGGAUCCGCUCAAAGCCUAUCACACAGUCAAGGGCGUGACAGCGCGCGAGAUGUGCCAUUACUUCUUCAUGCCCGAGUUUCGCAAUGAUUGGGAGACCACGCUGGAGGACUGCACCAUACUGGAGAAGAUCUCGGCGGACACAUUGCUCUUCUUGCAGACCCACAAACGUAUUUGGCCAGCCAGCCAGCGCGACGCACAGUUCUGGUCGCAUAUGCGCAAGAUCACCGAUGGCCUCGAGCCGGGCACCUGCGACAUGUGGGUGGUGUGCAACAACUCGACGGAUUAUGCCAAGCAGGAGUCGAAGAACGGCAAAUGUGUGCGCAUCUUUCUAACGGUCAUACUCGCCUGCCAAACACUUCUGCCCGAUAAUUAUGUCAAGGGCCAGCCGCUGAGUCGGGAUGACUUGACCUGCAAAGUAACCUACUGUUCUGUGGUUAAUCCCGGUGGCUGGGCUCCAGCGAGCGCCUUACGGGCUGUUUAUAAGCGUGAAUAUCCCAAGUUUCUGAAACGCUUUACCGGCUAUGUGAUAGACCAGUGUAAGGAUAAGCCUAUUAUGUUCUGAUAUUUGCCAUAAGCAACAAAGCAAUCAAAACGAAAAAUGAAAAAAAUAGAAAAAAAAAAAAAAUGGAUAAUCCAAAACAGAAAACUGGAAUAAUGUUUAACGUAUAAUGUUUCUAAUUUAGUUUAAAGUUUAGCGUUUAAGCAGCCGUUGAACUUACAAAGUGGCUACACUCUUAAAACGUUUUUUAUACACACCCCUAACCGUUAAUCAUAGCCACUGUAAGUGCCCCGCCCCGUAAACGCCCCCCUUGCUAACCCAAAACUUGUAAAUGUGCUUUAAGUCAGAUGUUAGCCUGUUCAUUUUGUAAAGCCAAUCGCUGUUUAGUUCUUAAGUUAUUUGGUAAGCAACAACUAAAUUUUAACAUUUUUUUAACUGAGAGGAAGCAAAACACAAUCAUUGUCUAUAAGCUGUGGCCUAUAGCUCGGCUGCUUGGAAUUUCUGAAAACACUGUGUCUAUAUAACUAUGAAAAUGCUUUAAGUGCAACAAUUGCAAAGAAUUUUGAAUAUGUGUUUGUGUAACGUAGCUAAAGAAUUUUAUUACACUAUUUCUAUACGCCUCAAUCUAUACGCCUCUCCGUGUGAGUUUUCUUUAAUCAAAUCAAAUGAAACCAACUAUGUCGAAUGUAAAUAAAUGCGAUCCAUUGUUAACUCUGGAAACUUGUGCACUGCGGCAAAGUAA